CUAUGGCCUUCUCCUCACGGGCAAAUCCACGGAAGCCGAACAAGUCCUUGAGUCGUACUUACAAGGACAACCGGGAAAGGAGCGAGCUGCUGUUUCCGAACCUUAUAAGUGAGUAAAUCCAGUCACCGCAUUACCCUCAAAAACGCCCGUUAUUCAAACUAAGUGACCUGGACUAGAGCUGCCUAUGCCCAGAGGCUUUUAGGAGUUGUAUUUCGCCAUCAGGGGCGCUACGCCGAAAGCCUCGACAUGCACCAACGGGCUAUAAAGUUACUUAUCGAUACUACCGGAGAAGACUUUCGGGUGGCGGAAUUCCACGACCAGAUAGGGGACACGCAGAGAUGUCUGGGACAGUUUGAAGAAUCCAAGCAUUCAUACCUACGGGCUGUAACACUGUGGAACGAGAGUUCGUCGAGCCUUCUCGAGAUAAGCAGGACAUAUUUCAAGCUUUCUCAUAUCUGUGAGGAGCUAGGCAACGCGACUGAAGCUGCAGAUGCUAAACAGAACGGGAACAGAAUCUUGGGUAGAGCUGGGGACCAUUUGACAGAGGAGGACAUAGAUCGGCUAUUACUAGGUUGGUCACGCAUUUGAAGAAGGACGUACAGUACAAUCACGACUUUCUUUGUAAUUGGAGAAUCUGGAAAACGAGUUACCUACUCUGUGCCUAGUAAGUAGGUAUUUAACUAGUGAUCUACAGAGUAGUUAACUAGUUAGUUAGUUACUAGGUGCUUUUUAAUCGUCCACCCGUUUAGUUACCCUGAGGCCUAACAGGUUCCCCAAUGCAGACCGAAAUAUUGCCGAUUUAAUCCCGGACGGCUCCUGGUCCCUUUCCGAUCACUCCAGUUGAGAGCCAUAUUGCGUGGAAGGAUAAUUUGAUUCUCAUCUUGCAGUACAUACUUUUACAAUUCAAAGCUUUUGACUGUAUAGUGUAUACAGGUAAUUGGCACUCACUGGAUGUGGUGUUUGACAUUCCAUCCCACAUCUAUACCACUGAGAUCUUAUUGUUGAAAAUGAAGAAUCUCGAAAAUCACUAGAAAAGACUAUCCAGGUAUUACUGAAUUAUGUCAGAUUAUAUAAUAAAACAG